AUGUCUGUUCGGUACACCUCAUCAAGCAAGCAGUUCUCUUCCUCCCGCAGUGGAGGAGGGGGAGGAGGAGGCUCAUCCCUCAGAAUCUCGAGCAGCAAAGGGUCCCAUGGUGGUGGAUUUGGCUCAGGAAGAUUCAGUAGUGGCUCUUUCAGCCGUGGGAGUUCUGGUGGAGGCUGCUUUGGGGGUUCCUCAGGUGGCUAUGGAGGAGGUUUGGGUGGAGGCAGCUUUGGUGGGGGCUAUGGAGGAGGCAGCUUUGGUGGGGGCUUUGGUGGAGGCAGCUUUGGUGGAGGCAGCUUUGGUGGUGGUAGCUAUGGUGGUGGAGGCUAUGGUGGUGGAGGCUAUGGUGGUGGAGGCUAUGGUGGUGGCUUUGGAGGAGAUGGUGGCCUUCUCUCUGGAAAUGAAAAAGUAACCAUGCAGAACCUGAAUGAUCGCCUGGCUAGCUACUUGGAUAAAGUCCGGGCUCUGGAAGAAUCAAACUAUGAGCUAGAAGGUAAAAUCAAGGAGUGGUAUGAAAAACAUGGCAACUCGAGCCAGCGAGAGCCUAGAGACUACAGUAAAUACUACCAAACCAUCGAAGACCUUAAAAAUCAGAUCCUCAACCUCACAACAGACAAUGCCAAUGUCCUUCUUCAGAUUGACAAUGCCAGGCUGGCAGCUGACGACUUCAGGCUGAAGUAUGAGAAUGAAGUGGCUCUGCGUCAAAGUGUGGAGGCUGACAUCAAUGGCUUGCGCCGAGUUCUGGAUGAGCUGACCCUCACUAAGGCUGAUCUGGAGAUGCAGACAGAGAGCCUGACUGAAGAGCUGGCCUACCUGAAGAAGAACCAUGAAGAGGAAAUGAGAGACCUCCAAAAUGUGUCCACUGGUGAUGUAAAUGUGGAAAUGAACGCUGCCCCAGGUGUUGAUCUGACUCAACGUUUGAACAACAUGAGAAGCCAAUAUGAACAACUUGCUGAGGAGAACCGCAAGGACGCUGAAGCCUGGUUCAAUGAAAAGAGCAAGGAACUGACUACAGAAAUUGACAGCAACAUUGAACAAAUGUCCAGCCAUAAAUCUGAAAUUACUGAAUUGAGACGCACUGUCCAAGGUCUGGAAAUAGAACUGCAGUCACAACUGGCCCUGAAACAAUCCCUGGAAGCCUCCCUGGCAGAAACAGAAGGUCGCUACUGCGUGCAGCUCUCACAGAUUCAGGCCCAGAUCUCCUCCUUGGAGGAACAGCUCCAACAGAUCCGAGCUGAAACCGAGUGCCAGAACACAGAAUACCAGCAACUCCUGGACAUUAAGAUCCGGUUGGAGAACGAAAUUCAAACCUACCGCAGCCUGCUAGAAGGAGAAGGAAGUUCCAGCGGCGGCGGCGGCUCCUACGGCGGCGGACGCGGCGGCGGAAGUUCCGGUGGCUACGGCGGAAGUUCUGGCGGCGGCGGCGGCCAUGGCGGCAGUUCCGGCGGCAGCUACGGCGGCGGAAGCUCCGGCGGCGGUGGCCAUGGUGGCAGUUCCGGCGGCGGCUACGGCGGCGGAAGUUCCAGCGGCGGCGGUGGUCAUGGCGGAAGUUCCGGCGGCGGCUACGGCGGUGGCUCCAGUGGAGGCCAGAGCGGAAGUGGCGGCUUCAAGUCCUCAUCCGGGUCCGCUGGAGAGUCAUCUAAGGGACCAAGGUCAGCAGAAAAUAUCUGGGAUACUAACAAAACCAGAGUAAUCAAGACGAUUAUUGAAGAAGUGACACCUGAUGGUAGAGUCCUUUCAUCCAUGGUUGAAUCUGAAACCAAGAAACACUACUAUUAAGCUACAAAGAGAGGAAGGAGUCUCCUUCCACACAGCCCAUUCUAUACAGAUGCACGGAAGAGGAAACCGGGCGAGAAGACACUGUGUACCGAUGGCCUGUGGAAGUAGGCUCGCUCCUUGAAAAUCAGGUGUCUGAAAGGUUUUCUGUGAUUUCUAUAUUUCUUCUUCUCACUUUACCAGAAAGUAUUCCUUUGAUGAUGGAAAAAAAAAAGGGAAAACUUUCUGUUCUCAUUUACUAAUGAAUUUCAAUAAACUUUCUUAC